AAGAAUGACUGAGUUAUCAGCUCCAUGUUUAUACUCUGGGCAGAGGGUUUUUUGGUUCCCCCUUUGUACCCAGAACCCAAGAAUACGCUCCCCCUCCAUGGUUGAUGUUUCUAAAGGGCCUGUCCAGUUGACGGGGUUUGUAGCGUUCCUCCGAUGAUGGCGCCGGCAGUAGACUAUUUCUUUGUAUUUAGCUUUAGCUUUGAAGAUGGAUUUGCUGGACGUCUCAUGUAAGUUCCAGCAAAAUCAUCUCCUGAUCACAAUGGUUUCGGGACAAGUCUUGGACUCUGAGGUUGCAGCAGAAUUUAAACAGAUAAAGGAAGGUCCCCCACGCAUGUCAGACAAAGUGAUCCACCGGCAAACGGCCCGAUUAGGGAGAACGAUCAAACUUCUGUGUCCUGUUGAGGGUGAUCCCCCACCUCUUACGAUGUGGAUGAAAGAUGGACGUUCAAUACAUAGUGGCUGGACCAGGUUUAGGACUUAUACUCAAGGACUGAAAAUUAAAGAUGUGGAAAGUGAGGAUGCAGGAAGCUACAUUUGCAAGGCCACCAAUGGAUUUGGAAGCAUUAAUGUGAAUUACACGCUUAUUGUAAUGGAUGACUCCAGUGCAGGAAAACCCAACCAGCCUCCCAAUGGGCAUAAUCCAGAUUUAGAAGAAUUCUCCAACAAGCAAUGGGUCCGACCUCGCUUUACCCAACCAGCAAAGAUGAGGAAGAGAGUCAUUGCCCGUCCUGUGGGUAGCUCUGUUCGUUUAAAAUGCAUGGCCAGUGGAAAUCCCAGGCCAGAGAUCAACUGGCUGAAGGACAACAAGCCUCUGAGUACUCAGGAGAUUGGAGAGAACAAAAAGAAAAAGUGGACGCUCAAUCUGAAGAGCCUCAAGCCAGAAGACAGUGGCAAGUACACGUGCCAAGUGUACAACAGAGUUGGGCAGAUCAAUGCAACGUACAAAGUAGAAGUUAUCCAGAGAACAAAAUCGAAACCCAUACUGACGGGUAACCACCCGGUCAACACCACCGUGGAUUUUGGGGGCACAACAUCCUUCCAGUGUAAGGUUCGUAGUGAUGUGAAGCCAGUGAUCCAGUGGUUGAAGAGGGUUGAAUAUGGCUCAGAGAGCAAGUACAAUUCCACCAUCGAUUUUGGUGGCCAGAAAUUUAUCGUCCUUCCCAAUGGAGAUGUUUGGUCUCGGCCUGACGGUUCCUACUUAAAUAAACUCAUCAUAACACGAGCAAAAGAAGAGGAUGCUGGGAUGUAUAUUUGCCUUGGUGCCAACACAAUGGGAUACAGCUUUAAAAUUGCCUUUCUGACCGUACUGCCAGAUCCAAAGCCUCCCAUUGCACCUGUGAGCAUGUCACCAAGUAGUCUUCCAUGGCCAGUGAUUAUCGGGGUUCCUGCCGGAGCAGUUUUUAUAUUUGGUACUAUUCUCCUAUGGCUUUGCCAAACCAAGAAGAAGCCAUGUUCUCCUCCGAGUGCGGCCGUCGUCCAUAGACCGCAGCCAAGAGUCUGUAUACCACAGAUAGUAGACAAAGACUGCAUCUCCUCCAUAAACUAUGAGGAGUACGUUGCUCAGCAGCAACACUUACUUCCCCAAGGACCUAUUUUGGCCAACGGAGUGGCAUCAAAAAUGUACCCAAAGAUUUACACAGACAUCCAUACCCAUACGCACUCUCAUGUUGAAGGCAAAGUUCACCAGCAUCAACAUAUUCACUAUCAGUGUUAAAUGCUAAAGACAACUUUUUUUUCAGCGGUACCUCACAAAAAGACUGCCUGGUUCAGCCUACACUGCCAGUAGACAUGAAUAUGUUAUAACUAAUGGAAUCAUGAAGGAUGAUAUAGUAUCUCCGUGUAACCGGGGGGACAUUGUUGCUGUUUUUGUUUCUUUUUGUAUUAUCAUCAGAAGUGCCGUAUCCCUCUCAAGGGUCACUCAAACUCACUAGUUCAUUUGUCACAUUUGUGCCUUUUUUGGUUGGCCAAGCUUUAGGUACUGGCCAAGAUUUGGCCUUUCGAAAGGUACACCGACGUAUGGAAAGUAAACCAUUGGACAGACCUGCAUGAAGGAAGUUUUUUUUUUUAUAGCAUUAGAGAUAAGCUAGCAUGUUCAACAGUGAAAAAUUUCUUGGAAUUUCUUCUUGAGUGAUUUAAUGUUCCGCAAAGUGCCUGCUACCGUUUACCCUUAAACACCCUCUUAGAUAAAUCUCACCUGACUCCCUACAUCAUAAAGCCUCACGUCUUCUUGAACACCAUUGUUACCAUAGAAGUUCAAGCACAGUAGAAUCUGGAAAGACCUAGAGUUUGGGUUCCCUAAAGCAAGCUGCUUAGGAUAAAAUGUGGAUAAAACUCAAUAAGAGUAUUUUUGAAAAAACGCAAUAUAUUACAGAUAAUAAAAGCGAUAACAUUUCACCGUCUCAGAAAGAUGCCUUAUAAUCAUUACUAUACAGUACAGACUUUAUAAAGCAACUUCAUGACUAUAGAAAAUGUGUAAUUCUAUAUAGAUUUUAAACUAAAGCCAUGUAUAUUUAAUUUAUUUUGUUAAACAGAAAAAAAUGUCUAUGUAAAAUAUUAUUUUUGACUAAAUGUUAAUUUUAAAUUUUUUUUUGUAUGCCUUUUCUUUUUGUGAUUCCCAAAUGUUCCUCAUGUAGCAGCUUAUACUGACUUUUAAAGAUUAUGAUACAGGGCAGAGGGGACUCAUUUUUAUUUUUUACUUUUUUUUUCUUAGUUGUCCCUUACACUGCCCUUAUUGUUAUCCUUAAAUAGUCCUUGAAGUUGGAGUUAUGUUUUUGUAUACAAAAUUGCCUUUGUUAUUUCAGUGCUCCUGUUGACAAUCUUGUACAGAAUAUUCCCUCAUUCCUAAAAUUAAAGCUUUAUAAGACAUUUGGUUAAUGUAUAGAUUAUGCCUAUUGCUAAAUACUGGAGAAAAAAAAUGUAUUAUGUUUGCGCCAGUCUUGUCUGUUCUUCUGCAGGUGUUUUUAUCAUUUCUCAAUCUGAUCCUGUUUGAAAUUUUUUUUUUUUUUAUUAUUCAUUUAUUUAUUUAUUUUUUGAGUUUUUAUAUAGAGCAUAUUUUUUCCUGUUAAGUAUUAAAAUAGAGUGAGGAAAAUAUCACAAACUACAAAAAAAGAAAGUUAUAAAUACAUGGAACUGCUUUAGAUCCUAUUAAAAGUAAAAAAUAGUAUUAAAAAAGUACUUGCAAAGGUUUUUACACAAAUCCAGUAAGAAAAUUAAUUAAAGGGUUUGUCAGCUUUAGACAACUCUUUUUUGUAUUAAUGUUAGAAGCUUUCCUGUAAAUAAGCUGAUCACAGCAUGCUGGAACCUUCAGCUGUAAUCUGUACAAGGAAGUCUUUAGUUUUCCCACAGCACUACCGCAGGCAAACUAAGGUAUUACAUGAUGUUCACUAGAAUCUACCAAUAAUCUAUUUAAAACACAGAUACUCCAGGUCCUCCAAAGUAGGAGACACUCUUUGUAGCCAUUCUUUUCUCCUGAAUUAGGCUGGGUUCACAUUACGUUCACAUACUGUUUUCAAUCAGUUAUUCUAAAGAAAACCGUAUGACAAAAAAACGGAUAGAACAGUAUCGAAAAAAGUAAACCGUAUGCGUUUUUAAACCGUAUACUGUUUUUAAAAGUGCAUACAGUUCUGUCCGUUUUUAUUUAAAAACUCAUACGUUUUUGGAAAUGUUGUCCAUUUAUAAUGGGAGGGGUCUUGGGUGCAAAUGCCAAUGCGCAUGUGCAAAGUAAAAGCCGUAUACGGUUUCCCAUAUGGAACCGUAUACAUGUGCAUUUCCUAUUUACGUCCAUGUUAAAAAAAAAAGUAUGCGGUUGCAGUACGGUUUUUAAACCGGAGACAAAACCAUGGUCAAAGACGGUUUUGAGUAUGGGAGAAAACCGUAUUGCAAGCAAACCGUACGCAACCGGAUGCAUCCGGGUGCAUACAUUUUUCAAUUAUUUGUCUAUGUAUACGGUUUUCAGUACGGUUCCAUGUGCUUUCAAUAAUGAAAACGUAUACGGGAAAUAUACUUGAAAAACGUGGUGUGAACCCACUCUUAGACAGUUGACAAUUGGUUUAUUAAACUAGAGAACCUUUUUAUUUUUUUUGAACUUUACAUAUAUAUUAUGCUGGUGUAGAUAACACAAACAUUCUAAAAUUAUUGGCACAAAAAACAAAUCUUAAAUAAAAAAAAUUACUCUAAAAAUCUGGGUAUGUUUUGGACUGUGGGUUCACCCAUAAAGUGAAAGAAAAACCUUCCAUGUUCAUUAUAUCAAGGUGCUAAAUCUAAGACAACCAAGUCGUCCAUGAACAGUCCAAUUCUGAUUUUUUCCCUGCCUUCACAGCUUUUUUCGACCAAAUUUCUCAAAAUCUUGAGUAAAUAUCUAUGGCUAGAUUAAAAAAUGAUAAAACAAAAACAUUGCAAUUUAGAAAUGAUAGAUAAGCCAAGGCCAAGCUAAUACUCCAGUUUAGUCCACACGUGCCAUUCAGAAAACAUGGAAAUCUUCAUCUAAUUUUUUUAGGUGUGUUUGUACAGUUAAAAUAAUAAUCCCAACUUAUGGGCAAAAAAUAUCUUUUUAUAAGAUUUUAUUUUUGGUAACAGGAAGUUUUUGUUUUUGUAAAUGUCAGAAUCCUGUUGUAUCUAAUGAAGCUCAAUGUCUGAUAAUCUCUGUAAUAUCUCCUCCCUUUAUGUUUUGUUUUAUUGUUAUUUUAUUUUUUUGCAUCUAGACAUGUAAAAGUGUAUAUUAUACAUUUUUGUAUAGUAAGAUGUGUAUGAAAAUGUGCCAUAUGUAGCUUUCAUAA